GUCUCACAAUCAGGAAAUCUUUGUUAUUGUUGUUCCUAGCUCAGUAUUUCUGAAAUGAAACAGAAUUGAAAAGAAGCUUGGUAAUAAAAUAAUGGAGGAAGAGAACCAGUUACCGCUGAAGCGGGUAGAGCUGUCGUUGUCUAAGUUCAACGACGUCGCGAUCCCUCACCACUUGGAGCUACUUAGACAACACAAGGCUAACAUUAUCAAGCAUGAAGAAGCGGGCCAGUAUGCACAAGUCCGUCGCGAGCAGGCCGGCGCCGGUCGCGCUGCAGCGCGCCUGCGGUCCCUUCUUGCUGAGCUCGCUGCGCUGCGGGCGCGCGUGCGGGACCCCGACCGCCAAGCCUUCGACACCCGGACACAGCGGUCGAGGGACCUGACGUUGCAAGCUAUUAUGGACUACCUUGAAUCAUCACCAAUGAGCAUAAGUCGGUCAGACCGAAGCAUGACAGCGGUGGCGGGUAGUGCGGUGUCUACUGACUCAGUGGGCGUGGUCGCGCACGCAAGAGCGAGAGCGGAGACAGGCCAGAGUGAGAUAGAAGACGACUGCGAUGUACCGGUGCUGCAACUUCAGGUCGAUGACCGGGAGUUGGCCCUCGCGGAGCGCGAGGCAGCCCUGCGCGGGUGGACGGAGCUACAAGCGGAGCUGAGAGCUCUGCACGGAGUGUGCGCGGCGACGCACGCGGCCGCGCGCGCGCAGCGGGAACAAGUGCUAGAGGCGGCGAGUCACGUGCAGGUGGCAGCUGAUAAUGUGGAAGCGGCUAAAGCGCACUUGUCUACUGCAGAAAAACUACGCGCUGGCGCGUGGGGCGCCGGGGGAGCCUGUGUGGGCGCCCUGGUGGGGGGGCCGGUGGGGCUGCUGGUGGGCGCCAAGGCGGGCGCCGCCGCGCUGCUGGCCGGCUCGGCGCUGGGCUACGUGGGCGCCAGGCUGCUGGGCCACAAGAGGCAGGAGCAGCUCGCUAUACAGGUACACUGGUGGUGGGGGGGGCUGCUGGUGGGCGCCAAGGCGGGCGCCGCCGCGCUGCUGGCCGGCUCGGCGCUGGGCUACGUGGGCGCCAGGCUGCUGGGCCACAAGAGGCAGGAGCAGCUCGCUAUACAGGUACACUGGUGGUGGGGGGGGCUGCUGGUGGGCGCCAAGGCGGGCGCCGCCGCGCUGCUGGCCGGCUCGGCGCUGGGCUACGUGGGCGCCAGGCUGCUGGGCCACAAGAGGCAGGAGCAGCUCGCUAUACAGGUACACUGGUGGUGGGGGGGGCUGCUGGUGGGCGCCAAGGCGGGCGCCGCCGCGCUGCUGGCCGGCUCGGCGCUGGGCUACGUGGGCGCCAGGCUGCUGGGCCACAAGAGGCAGGAGCAGCUCGCUAUACAGGUACACUGGUGGUGGGGGGGGCUGCUGGUGGGCGCCAAGGCGGGCGCCGCCGCGCUGCUGGCCGGCUCGGCGCUGGGCUACGUGGGCGCCAGGCUGCUGGGCCACAAGAGGCAGGAGCAGCUCGCUAUACAGGUACACUGGUGGUGGGGGGGGCUGCUGGUGGGCGCCAAGGCGGGCGCCGCCGCGCUGCUGGCCGGCUCGGCGCUGGGCUACGUGGGCGCCAGGCUGCUGGGCCACAAGAGGCAGGAGCAGCUCGCUAUACAGGUACACUGGUGGUGGGGGGGGCUGCUGGUGGGCGCCAAGGCGGGCGCCGCCGCGCUGCUGGCCGGCUCGGCGCUGGGCUACGUGGGCGCCAGGCUGCUGGGCCACAAGAGGCAGGAGCAGCUCGCUAUACAGGUACACUGGUGGUGGGGGGGGCUGCUGGUGGGCGCCAAGGCGGGCGCCGCCGCGCUGCUGGCCGGCUCGGCGCUGGGCUACGUGGGCGCCAGGCUGCUGGGCCACAAGAGGCAGGAGCAGCUCGCUAUACAGGUACACUGGUGGUGGGGGGGGCUGCUGGUGGGCGCCAAGGCGGGCGCCGCCGCGCUGCUGGCCGGCUCGGCGCUGGGCUACGUGGGCGCCAGGCUGCUGGGCCACAAGAGGCAGGAGCAGCUCGCUAUACAGGUACACUGGUGGUGGGGGGGGGCUGCUGGUGGGCGCCAGGCGGGCGCCGCCGCGCUGCUGGCCGGCUCGGCGCUG